UCAAGAGGUCACACGUGCUAUCAAGGAUAUUUUAAUGGCAAUCGGACAGGUUAAAGAUCGAGUACUAAACAUUGACUCGUAUAUCGAUGGUAAUAGUAUUCAGCUACCAACAAGAGAUGAUAUCCAGAUGGGAGAACGGGAACUUAAUUCAAUUCAAGCUGAAGUUGAUCAUCUUCUUCAACCUAGAAUUGAAACAUUAGAUGAAAUGAUUAGCAACUUAAUAGAUGGCGGAGCAAACUUUAUACAACAACGCGCAGGAAUUGCCGAAGCUUUAAACAAUCUCGCAAGUUUAAUCGAAAACAAGAGGAAUCAACUUCGGGAAGCUCAAAAACUUGCACACUUCGGUACUAAAGCUGAUGAAAUGGAUGCAUUAAUGAGUUCUUUAUUGGAUGUUGUAAUUGCUGCAUCAAACACUAAAGACAAUUCGCCAUUAUCGUCAAUACAAAUGGUUGAUCUUCAAACGAAAAAAAUUGAACUCGAUACAAAAUAUAAUUAUUAUCGCCCACGGAUAAUUGAAAAAUUCAAAGAGACUAAACGUGCAUCUGAACCAGUCAAAGAUGACUGGAGAGUU